AUGUCUACUCUCAAGUUCUUGUCAUUGGCGACCUCCGCCUUAUUCUUGGGGAGCGCAAACAGGGCUGGCGCAGCUAGUAACACAGCCACGAGCGUUUCAUGCGUAACGGCCAUGAAUUCGGCCCGACAACUUGUCGGCUUCGGAGAACUCAAAGAAGGAGAGAAUGCAGGAGAAGUACUCCCAAUAGUUUCCGGUCCUGCCAAAGCUGUUUCAGGAGAACAAUACGUGGCGCAAGUCUGCACGGCGUUCCGAGCUAACCAAGCCACUGAUGCAUCUGCCAUUGCAGUCAAUGGCACAUAUGCCUACGCUGUUCAAGAUGAAGCUGACUGCGAAGCCGCAGUCAACUCCUGGAAGGCAGCUCUAUCCAACUUUAACGGGGUGAUGCCUCCAGUAUACGAAGCAACCAAAGAGCCGUACACCAACCCUCAAAAUGUUUCCUUCAUUUCCCUCUUCAACCCUCAAGAAAACCCAAAAGUGUACUGUGCUUACUUCACGUGUCCAGCAACACAGCAGGUGGGCACGAAGCAGACGAGGGAUGGCAAUAAGGUGGAUGAGGCCAAAGGCACUAGUGAGUUAGAGACCCGGGAGGAGGUGCCCCAGGAGCCCCCGCCACCUCAGGAGCACCCAGAGCAGGAAGAAGAAGACAACGAAAACGGAAGCCUUGAAGGCACUCCUGAAAGCGGCAACACGGUUGGAAAAGACGUGAAGGCUCUUCUUUGCGUCACCACCCCCAACACCUUGGUGGAUGGAAGAGCGCCGUACACGGAGAGCCAAUGGCAGCAGAUUACCACUGGACUCAGCAAAAACGCAGCUGCAGCAGUGCCUACGACUUUCGUGGCAUUUGCUGCUGUAGCAGUUGCUAAUCGACAUUGGAGAGAUGAAUGGAAGUGGACAGCUGAGUAA